AUGAUUGAAGAUUUGAUCCAAAUCUCCAGAGAGUACCCAGAAUACUUCAAGAAGCUGACAUUGGAAGGUGAUUGGGAGCCUGAGGGUGAUUAUAGGAAAGCAGGUCUAUUCUGUCAAACGUUUGAAGGAAAAGACUACAACAUAACAAUCUCACCUCAAGGCUGGACCGUAGAUGAUGAGACGUAUUAUCCCACCUUUGAAGCUCUAGCCCAUCGGAUAUCCAAAAGCUUUAGCGUAAAAUGGAAUGAAGAGCUAAUGAAGAAGCUGGAGUCGGUCAUAGAGUCCGAUUGA